AUGUCGCUCAGGCUCUGGAUUGUCGGGUAUGAUUUCCAGUGUGUGCUCCACAUAGUUUGUGUUUGCCUGGAGUAUAGACGGCGGAACCAGCUGCCAAGUUCGCCUGAAAACCUGAAUUCCCGCCGUAGCUCCGGUAAUUGGAGCGGUGGGAAUUCGAGCUCCGGAAGUGAUGGAGAGUCUGGUGAUUAUGGCUUGGACACGCGUCAGAAUGAGGAUGCGGAUGAAACUAGUACUGCAAAUCAUCUGGAGUCUGCAAAUACAAUGUUCUCAUUCAUUUGGUGGAUAAUUGGAUUCUAUUGGGUAUCUGCUGGUGGUGAAAGCAGAUCAGGUGGUGAAGCAAUCAGGCGUCUAAAAUGUUCACAGAAUUUGGAAGAUUUCCAGUUUGUGGAUAUUGUUAUUGAGGCUAUUUUGGAGUCUGAAUCUGUGAAGAAAAAGUUUUUUGUUGAUUUAGACAAGAUUGUGAAGAGCUCUGCAAUCUUGACUUCUAACACAAGCUCCAUCUCCAUUACCUAUUUGGCAUCUGCAACUAAUCAUCCUACACAGGUGAUUGGCAUGCCUUUUAUGAAUCCUCCUCCGAUUAUGAAACUGGUUGAAAUCAUCAGGGGUGCAGAUACAUCAGAUGAGACGUAUAAUGUAACAAAGAACUUGGCAGAAAAGUUUGGCAAGACUGUUCUUUGCUCUCAGGAUUAUGCUAGUUUUAUUGUGAAUCGAAUCUUGAUGCCAAUGAUAAACGAAGCAUUUUAUACACUCUACAAUGGAGUCGCAGCUAAGGAAGACAUUGAUGCAGGAAUGAAAUUUGCAGAUUUUAUCGGGUUGGAUGUUUGCUUGGCAAUUUUGAAAGUCCUCCAUGGCAGCUUGGGGGACACUAAAUAUGCGCCAUGCCCUCUACUUGUGUUGUUUGUAAUGUGUGGAAGUUUAGGUUCUGCUCUGCAAUUAUUGGCAGCUUCCCCUUAUUCUCUAUCAAUAGAGAAAGUCUUUGUCAAAGAAGGUGGUGAGAUGAUGUUUAGACCAAGGAUGAUGUUUAGAAAGUCUUUUGUGUUUAAGCUGGGCAUGUAGGAUCUACACGCUCCAGCUUACGGGGGGUGUUGGAGGAUGUUGCCUUCAUAAAUGAAGAAGAUCCGCAUGCGUAA